GGGGCUGGAGUGGGGGGCCGUGUGUGCACCCCCUGCCCCAAACAUCAGAGUCUUUCUGCUGGAGCCAUUUGGCCUGUGUGCUCUUGGGGGACCCACCUCCCGGGGGGAGGGGUGCCGGGGGAGGGGCCGGGUUCCAGCCCCCGUCCUAGCUGGUGUUUCGCUUGGCCCUUGAGAACGUUGGGACCUAGGACCCUGUAACUCCUGGGCCACUGUUGCCCCCCUCACCCGUACCCUGCCCCUCAUUGUAGCUUCACAAACAAACCUGCCAGCUGCAGCUCCUUCAGGGGUUUACUGCUGUCCCACAGCAGCCCCCCAUUUUCCCUCGGUCUCAGAAGUAAACACAGGAGGAAAGAACAGCCAGGCUCUGACUGUCGUACUUCCCCUUGCUGAGCGAGGGCCAGGCCUGUGUUGAAAUCAUGGUGCUGGGGGUGAAGUCUUACUCUGCCCUCGGCGGCCCCUGGGGGUUCUCUGCCCCCAUCCCCGACCCUGGACUGUGGUCUGGUGUGUGCCUGGCCCGGCAGGUCCUCCUCCUGCCACGUCCUCUGGGCCAUCGCGGGCGCGCCUGCUUCUCCUCUGGGCGUGGCACUUGGACACACCUGGGGCUGGGACACAGUGAGGAUCAGGCCGUCAGACCUUGCAGGGGAGGUGCACGCAGCCCAGCACCCGCAGCCAGUGCCGUGAGCACGUGAGAUGAGCCCAGUGUCCCCGGGGAACUGGAUCUUAAAUUGCGUUUAGUUUUCAUUACUUAACGUUUAUGGGCCCCACAUGGUUGGCAGCCACCCUGUGGGAGCCGCAGCCCUGGAGCCCCAGAAGUGGUGACAGUGCGGCCUGGCUGGGCCGGGCUCCUGGAUCCUCACAAGCUCCAGGUACAGAGUCCCCUUCGGUCUCCUGCAGGGCCGUCGGGGACCUGGGCAGCAUGGCCCUCUCUGGCCCGGAGGUGGAGAAGCAGGUGCCGGCGGAGCCCAGGCCGGGCCGCAAGCUGCAGUCCUGGUGGAGCCUGGUGUUCUGCCUCUGCUUCUACGGCUUCAUGGCCCAGAUGCGACCCGGGGAGAGCUUCAUCACGCCUUACCUCCUGGGCCCCGACAAGAACUUCACGCAGAAGCAGGUCACCAACGAGAUCACGCCCGUGCUGUCCUACUCCUACCUGGCAGUGCUGGUGCCCGUCUUCCUGCUGACCGACUACCUGCGCUACAAGCCGGUGCUUGUGCUGCAGGGCCUGAGCUACGUGUCCGUGUGGCUUCUGCUGCUGUUCGGCUCGUCCGUGCUGCACAUGCAGUUCAUGGAGUUCUUCUUCAGCAUCACCAUGGCGGCCCGCAUCGCCUACUCCUCCUACAUCUUCUCGCUGGUGCCCCCCGCCUGCUACCAGCGCAUGGCCGGCUACUCGCGGGCCUCCGUUCUGCUGGGCGUCUUCACCAGCUCCGUGCUGGGCCAGCUGCUGGUCACGGUGGGCAGGGUCCCCUUCUCCACGCUCAACUACAUCUCGCUGGCUUUCCUCACCUUCAGCCUGGUCCUCACGUUCUUCCUGAAGCGCCCCGAGCGCAGCCUCUUCUUCAACCGCGGAGCACCCGCGAGUGCCGGGGCCUCGCCCUCCGAGCUGGACCGGAUGAACCUGGGCCAAGGGCAGCCCACGGGUGGGAAGCUGGGCCGGCUGCCGGCCUCCUGGCUGGACUCGGUGCUCGCGCACAUGCUCCGCGAGCUGCGCCGCACCGCGCGGCUGCCGCAGCUGCGCCUCUGGUCCCUCUGGUGGGUCUUCAACUCCGCCGGCUACUACCUGAUCGUCUACUACGUGCACAUCCUGUGGAACGUGGUCAACCCCACCACGGACACCACGAGGGUCUACAACGGCGGGGCGGACGCCGCCUCCACUCUGCUCGGUGCCAUCACCUCCUUUGCCGCCGGCUUCGUGAAGAUCCGGUGGGCGUUGUGGGCUGAGCUGAUCAUCGCGGUGGUGACGGUGCUGCAGGCCGGGCUGGUCUUCCUCAUGUACAGGACCAGCAGCAUCUGGCUGUGCUACUCGGCCUUCGUGCUCUUCCGUGGCUCCUACCAGUUCCUGGUGCCCAUCGCCACUUUUCAGAUCGCGUCUUCUCUUUCUCAAGAGCUCCGCGCCCUUGUCUUCGGAGUCAACACGUUCCUCGCCACUGUCCUCAAGACCAUCAUCACCCUCGUUGUCUCCGACAAGCGGGGCCUGGGCCUCCCGGUCCGCUCUCAGUUCCUCGUCUACUUUGUGUACUUCCUGGUGCUGUUUGUCGCCUAUGUCCUUGCGGCCUUGCUGACGGGCCUGCGCCACUUCCGACAGGGCCCCCGCCAGCCCCCGCCGCCGGCCCAGGAGCUGAUGAGUCCGAUGCGGGAGCCGGCCGCGCAGGACGGGCCCGCCCCAGAGGACGGCGUGCGAGCCGUGGGGGAGCAGAGGCAGCAGCCCGAGGCCAAGGCCUGACCCCGCCCGACCUGCCCUCCUGGCCGGUGGGCGGCCAGGUUCCUGACACCAGACGCAGCGGGCCUGGGCCUUGACCUCAGAGCUGACACGUUCCCAGCAGCUGCCUGUCUCUGGGUGUCGGCAGCCAGGUUUCCGGCAUCGUCCACAUCGUCAGAUAGUGGCGCUGGUGACUGACGGGCCCCCGGUGCCCUGUCCCUGAGACCCAAGCCUCGGGGGCCUCCAGCCUCCACGAGGGGUCCUCGGCUCACCCCGCGCGGGGCACUCCUCAGCCCUGCUUCCCGCCCUGGCCGUGACCCGCGGCCUGCCGGGGAUGCCCCCCGGCCACUGGGGGCUGCUCUGCUGUCCCUGCCUACACGUGGCCGGUGCCGGGGGCCCAGGUGCACGCCAGACCUCCCUGCUUUCACCCCCUUGUCCCGGAGAAAUGGCAAGGUGGUCCCAGACGCAAGCCCAGGGGACCCGGUGCCCGCGGGGUGACCCGGGCCCUGGGGUGGGGCCGUGUUCCUGAGCCUGCGGCUGAACUGUGGCGUCUGCAGGUGUCCAGGUGCUUUCGUUGUAAACGAUGCUGUUCCUUUUUUUUGAAAAAACCCGACAAAAAU